CACUGUAACGGAAAAGUUAAAAGAAACCUUGCUGAAAAGAGAUGAGGAAGAAUUGACUUUAUGUUUAGACAGUGCUCAGGGCUGCAGUGGGACGUGUUUUGGGGGAUGGAGUGCAGAAAAAGUGGUUGAAACUGCAUCUCUGCUUCCUUUCAUUGGCAGAACCGCGUGAGGCUAUUGGCGUGGUGGUGGUGGCGGCAUUUGACCUUGCUUUUCCUCAUCUGGUUGGGAGACCCCCCCCAAGUUUGGAACGUCUGUACAUGGAAUAUGAAGAGGAUGAUGAUAUUUCCUUUGCAAAAUGGAUGAGCAGCUUCUGGGGCCACAGCUUGAUCGAUGAGAAUGAAAAAGAGGGUAGAGGCCACAAGAAACGUCAGGCACGACCCUUUAGCGAAAGGAGAGCUUCCCUUCCGGCGAGGCUUUCCUCCCUCCAUACAACACGACUUCAUGCUUCUACCAAAGGCUGCUCUUCAGGCCAUCUCAGGGGCUCCAAGGAGUUUCAAGAAGACCAGGAUGUCAAAUGCCACUGCCACAGGAAGGCAAGCAGAACACCUUCGGCAGACAGCUCGUGCCCAGAGUCAAGAUCAAACUCCAUCCAGGAAUUUGCAGAGUCCUUUGAAAAGCAAUUGCAUCUCAAAAGCAAACGCUCAGUUUCUUUGCAACCUGAAGGUGUGAAGGAGAGAAGAGAAAGGGAAAGAUUGCAUUUGGGAAAAAACAAGUCUCGUAAGAGAAUGGGAGAGAAAUCAGAGCCAAGGAGAGAGCAGGAAGAAGAUGAAGGUUCAGAAUCUGUACCAGCAAAACACAACGAACAGUUUCCAUCACAAACAAGCAUUGAGAAAGGAUAUUUAUGCACAGGCAGCUAGAAUGCAUUGAGAUAAUGAGUUUUAACACUCCCCCUGAAAAGCAGAGGGAUCAUUCUUGUUUUGUUUUGACUAGAAGAGGCCUGUUAGCUAGAAUAAACCCUAAUCUGUAAAAUAAAAGUAAAAUUCAACUGCAUCGUUGACACCAUGUUAUUACCUUCCUGUCUUUACUUUUGCUAUUAGGAACAUGACCCUUGUCAUAGGAGGAGUGUAUCUGUUGCAAGAUCCCAGUUAGCAAUUAACCACUGUAAGAGGGUUUCAGGCAAGUUUAGCAUUGUGGCAGGACAGUAGUGGAUGCGUUCAUUUAAGAGGAGAGCACGUAUGUAUUACAGAGCCGUGCAAAGUUAUGCAAAGCCUUACGUUUCUGUUUUGAUUGAAAACAGGCUUGUUGGCAGGUUUGGGAAAGGAAAGGUACACAUAAAGGGCCACAUGCUUCCUGUCCCUGACAGUCGCUUAGAUUUGUCUUGGAAACCAGUGUCCUUUUGCUUUGACAAUCUCCCGACUCCAAAUUUGCAGAAGUAAUAGAAGAGAAGCCCACAUGUUCUCUUCUACACCUCCCUGAUGUCUCAUUUCACUUUCCUUUCCAUGUCACUGCACAAUAUUAGCCUUGUUUCCCUGACAUCCCCCAGCCCUCUCCCAUGUCCUCCAUCCCAUUUCCCCAGUCACACAACUAGUUCUUUCUCCCAACUUUAACCUCAUCAUCUUGCUUCUUUUGUGGCCUCCCGCCCUCUCCUUUUACUACUUUAUUGCCCUGCCUGCCUCAUAGCUACCAGCUUCUUUUGCUACACCUCCAGUUUUGCCUCAUCAAAAUUUGAGCUUUGCCAAAAGCUCUCCAGUAAAGCCUGAGAUGUUCUGCCUCUCAUCUUCCAUAUAACCUCCUCAAGGGGUUGCCACACAUUCAGCGUGAGGCAUCGCAAUGCUUCUCCCUUUUCCUUUUUCUAGAACUAGGGCUAAACCAAGGGAAUGGGAACUGGCUCUGUCUAUGGUAAGCAGAACUUUGGAAAACUCUGUUUCCUCUGGCUGAACAUCUCCUGAACUCAGGUGUAAAUCUCAUCAACUGUAAGUAAGAUUUCAUUCUCUGCAGAGGAAAUUCACUUCCAGAGGCUCAUAAGCACAUACAUCCCCCCACAACACCCCCUUCUGCAACACGUAAGUCUUCCCUGCAGAGAAGAACCCUGCCCUCUUUGGGAACCACCUCCCCAAGCCUAGCGUAGAGAAAGCCUGCUUUGUGUAAUGCAGUUAGAGACAAGUAAAGACCAAUGAAGUCAUGAGCAAAAGUCAAAGUCUGCUGGAUUUUUCUUCCUGUGAUUUUCUGUAAUUAACGAAGAUUUUAUUGUUUUAUUUUAGAGCAUUAAUUUUGAAUGUUCAACCUGUUACAAAGCUUAGUGCAUCCUUAAAAGUUUAUAACACUUAUCUCCAUUAAAGGAUUGUUUUUCUUUUUAAGUAGGGCUUUAGGGGAUAUGUAAGAAAGCAACUGAACCCUUGCUGGUGCUUGUAAAUUGCUUCUUGCUUUAUACAUUAAAUUAAUAAAUCUGAC